AUGGUACAUUUUUUUUUUGUUUUGAUUUGGUAUGAAAAUGGUACUUGUCGAACAAUCACGACUAUAAUUUUGCCUAUAAAUACGAAAGCAUCCAAGAACAAUCUGAAAAGAUUAAAGAGAGAUACAGACAAAUCUAGAGAGAGAGAGAGAGAAAUGAAGCAAGAAACUACAGUGGUAAUUGUCGGGGCAGGGCCUGCAGGGUUAGCAACUUCUGCAUGUCUAAACCUUGACAACAUACCAAACAUUGUCUUAGAAAGAGAAGAUUGUUUUGCAUCCCUUUGGAAGAAAAGAGCCUACGACAGACUCAAACUUCAUCUGGCUAAGCAAUUCUGCCAACUACCCCACAUGCCAUUCCCUCCCAAUGCACCAACAUUUGUGCCCAAACAUGGUUUUAUCCAAUACUUGGAUGACUAUGUUGCCAAUUUCAACAUCAACCCAUUGUAUCAUCGCAACGUUUCAUGUGCCUCGUUCCAUGACAACAAAGAUGGACAGUGGGUUGUGGUGGCCACGAAUACGCUACUUGGGACAACCGAGGAGUACGUGGCCAAGUUUCUUGUGGUGGCGACUGGGGAGAAUAGUGAGGGCUACAUCCCUCAAAUUCCAGGGUUGGAUUCCUUUAAGGGGGAGGUGAUCCACUCUAGUCGUUACGACAACGGGAUGAAGUUUGCAAAGAGGGAUGUUUUGGUCGUGGGGAGUGGAAAUUCCGGCAUGGAAAUUGCACUUGAUUUGUGCAACUGGGGUGCUCGCACUUCUCUGGUUGUUCGUAGUCCUGUGCAUAUCUUGAAUGAGUGGAUGGUCAAACUUGGGAUGGAACUGCUGAAGUAUCUGCCGCUAGAACUUGUGGACAACAUCGUACUAAUGUUGAGCAAAAUCAAAUAUGGAAAUAAUCUGUCUGAUUACGGCAUCCAACGGCCUGGAAAGGGACCCUUUUUUCUCAAAAGGGCAACUGGAAGAUCUCCUGUUAUUGACGUGGGGACUGUCUCCAAGAUCCGAGCAGGAGAACUAGAGGUUUUUCCAUCAAUCAAGAAGGUGAAUGGAGAUCAUGUUCAGUUUGCCGACGGCGAGACAAAGAGUUACGACGCCGUCGUCUUUGCAACUGGCUACAAGAGCACUGUGAGAAAAUGGCUUAAGUGUUGGUCGGCAUUUGGCCAACCUUGCUGGAAAGUAGCCAAAUUCCAACGAGUAUUGUCCCAAAAUUGA